GAUCGUGUUCGGAGCCGUCACGUAAGUCGUGUUGUGUCUCACCGUGCUUACCCGGCCUCCGGCUGCUCCUCCAGCGGCCAUUACCGACAUGUUGGAGGGCAAACGCUCAGCCUUCUCCAUCAUUUCCCUGGAAGCGAAAAAAUACCUCUUUUCUUCUUCCUCCUCUGCCGCUUCCUUAUCCGCCGUCCUCGACCCCUUUCUUCCGGCUACCGAAUCCGCGGCGCAAGAGACCCCCUUCUCUCCCGCCCCCCUCCAUCCAAGAUCUUUCGUCUCGGCCCUCGUGCGAUGUCGAUCUCCGGCAGAGAUCAAGAAGGUUCACGCUUUGGCGACCACAGCAGCGAUGAUCGACAACCUCGGGGUAGCAAACAAACACGUGUACAUCUACGCGCAGCAUGGGGCAUUAGCCGACGCGUACGCUCUGUUUUCUCGGAUGAAGGAACGCGACAACGUGUCUUGGAGUGUGAUCGUAGGCGGGUUUGUGAAGGUUGGGUAUUAUGCCAAUUGCCUGCAAACUUUUCGGGAUUUUGUUCGCUCGGGCUUGCGGAUAGAUAACUUCACUCUGCCUUUCGUCCUGAGGGCGUGCCGGGAUACGGUGUCUCUUCGACUGGGUGUCGAGAUCCACCAUCUUGUUUUCAAGGCUGGGCUGCAGUCGGAUCUCUCUGUCUCGGCAUCUCUCGUUGAUAUGUACGCGAGGUGUGGUGAUGUUGACGAUGCUCGGAAGGUGUUCGAUAGGAUGCCAAAGAGGCAUAUGGUGACUUGGACGGUCAUGAUGUCUGGUUAUGCAGAGUGCGGAAACCCAGAGGAGUCGCUAGCGUUGUUCGAUAGGAUGAGGGGGGAAGGUGUUGUUCCUGAUAAGAUAGCCACAGUGACUGUCGCUUUUGCUUGUGCGAAGCUGGGGGUGAUGCAUAAAGCUAAGAUGAUCCAUGAUUACAUAUCGAGCUGGAAUUUCUCAUUGAAUGUAAUCUUGGGAACGGCAUUGAUCGAUAUGUAUGCAAAGUGCGGCAGCGCCGAUGAUGCCAGGGUGAUCUUUGAUCGGAUGAAGGAUAGGAAUGUCAUCAGUUGGAAUUCAAUGAUCUCGGCUUAUGGGAUUCAUGGUCGUGGCAGGGAAGCCCUCGACCUGUUUCCCCUCAUGUUGCAGAGCGGCAUUCGGCCCAAUAGGAUUACCUUUGUUUCCAUCUUGUCAGCUUGUAGCCAUGCAGGCUUAGUUGAUGAGGGUAGGCAGUUUUUCCAUUUGAUGGAGAGAGACUACUCGAUCGAACCUGAUGUGAAACACUAUACAUGUAUGGUGGAUCUUCUUGGACGAGCAGGUAAGCUAUAUGAGGCCCUUGAGUUGUCUGAGAAGAUGACACUAGAAAAAGACGAAGGCUUUUGGGGUGCACUUCUGGGAGCUUGUAGGAUUCAUGGCGAUGCAGUUUUAGCAGAGAAGGCUGCAAAAUCUCUUCUUGAGUUGCGUCCAAGAAAUUCUGGGUAUUACGUUUUGCUCUCCAAUAUAUAUGCCAAUGCUGGUAGGUGGGAAGAUGUAGCCGAGGUAAGGGAUUUGAUGGCCAGCAGGAGUUUGAGGAAGAAACCUGGCUGGACAUGGAUCGAGAUUAAUAAGGAGACUCAUCGCUUCGGAGUUGGUGACAAAUCCCAUCCACGAUCAAAGGAGAUCUAUGAGACAUUGAAGGUGUUGAUCGAGAAGUUGGAGUCGGCUGGUUAUGUUCCUGAUACAAACUUUGUGCUUCAUGACAUAGAUGAGGAACUUAAAGCUGGCUUUUUAUACACCCACAGCGAGAAAUUAGCGAUUGCAUUCGGUCUAUUUGCAACACCCGAGAGCACAACACUAAGGAUAACUAAGAACCUCAGAGUCUGUGGAGACUGCCACACAUUUAUCAAGCUGGCAUCAUCUGUCAUGGAUCGGGAGAUUAUAGUUCGGGAUGCGCAUAGGUUUCACCACUUCAACGGAGGAGGAUCUUGUUCUUGCGGAGAUUACUGGUGAUCGACUGAACCUGCGAUAUCGGUGACACCAACAUCAUCC